CUAUAGGCCACAUGUCAUAAAGAUCCACUCCAGAAAACCCAAAAACAAUAUAUAACUCUCCGCCGUCGCCGUCGUCGUCGCCGCCACCAACCACCACCAUCACCGUGUCGCUAAUAUAACCUCUAUGGCGGACAUACAGAAGACCAAAGUUUGCAUCAUCGGAAGUGGACCGGCGGCUCACACCGCCGCCAUUUACGCAGCACGCGCCGAGCUAAAACCGAUCCUUUUUGAAGGAUGGAUGGCCAAUGAUAUCGCGCCAGGUGGACAGCUCACAACCACCUCCGAGGUUGAGAAUUUCCCCGGUUUCCCGGAAGGACUCGCCGGUGGUGAACUCAUGGACCGGUGCCGUGCUCAAUCUGUUCGAUUCGGUACACAGAUCUUCACUGAAACUGUAAGUAACGUUGAUUUCUCUGCUAGUCCUUUCAAAGUCAUGUCCGAUGAAAGGACUGUACUAGCAGACGCUGUCAUUAUCGCUACUGGUGCUGUUGCCAAGCGGCUUGAAUUUCCUGGAUCCGGCGACGGCGCAAAUGGAUAUUGGAAUCGCGGGAUCUCGGCUUGUGCUGUGUGUGACGGCGCAGCUCCGAUCUUUCGUAACAAGCCUUUGGCGGUGAUCGGUGGUGGAGAUUCAGCAAUGGAAGAAGCUACAUUUCUGACGAAAUAUGGUUCGAAAGUGUAUAUAAUUCAUAGGAGGGAUGAAUUUAGGGCUUCGAAGAUUAUGCGAAAUAGGGCAUUGAGUAACCCUAAGAUAGAGGUGAUUUGGAAUUCUGCUGUGGUGGAGGCAUAUGGGGAGAAGUCUUUGGGUGGAUUAAAGGUGGAAAAUGUGGUUACUGGAGAGGUAUCAGAUUUGGAGGUUUCGGGUUUGUUCUUUGCUAUUGGGCAUGAACCUGCUACCAAAUUUUUGGAUGGACAACUGCAGUUGGAUGCUGAGAGGUAUGUUGCAACCGUGCCAGGGACGACAAAGACUAGCGUUAGAGGUGUAUUUGCUGCUGGUGAUGUGCAAGAUAAGAAGUACCGGCAAGCCAUCACUGCUGCUGGUUCAGGAUGCAUGGCAGCGUUGGAUGCAGAGCAUUAUUUGCAAGAACUUGGAGCCCAAGAAGGGAAGAGUGAUUGAUAGCAUGGCAGCCUAGCCACGAAAGAAUCGGUAUUUGCUUAAAUUCCGCAUCUGUUCAAAUAAAUUAUUGUUAUCAUGAAUUUAUCGACAAGAAAAAACAUUUUUGCAACGAUUUACAAACCUUAGGGCCAUCCUUGGUACCUCAAGGUUUGGAUGAAUUUGAUGGAUACAAUGGCUAGCAUUUGCUUUAUUGCAAUUCUAUCAUGUGAUCAGUC